AUGUCUACUCAAUUAACUAAAUACGCCACAGGCCGUACAGACCAUUGGACAGACCGAUUCCGGCCACGGCGGCCUAUCUCAUUGAGACUAGCCAACUGCACAGGAGAUAUUAUAGUGCAGCGCGUGUCGUUGUGCGCGCAGACACAAGUGCACUCUCUAUUCCUGUCACUCUCAUACUGGUGGGACGACCAUUCGACACGACCAGUGAGAGAUAAGGCGCAGGACCGACGACUUAAC